CAAACUUUUACCACGUUUUAACCAGCCUCUGCUGUCACCAGCGUAAUAAAGAUCUUAAUAGGAGGGAAAUGUGUGCAGUGUGUGGCAUCGGCCACAUGAUGGCGACACAGUGCUACAGUACUGCGGCCUGCCAAUGAGGACGCCUCAUCCGGCAACAGGGGUCGCCUUGGCAACAUGUUUUACUGCUGGCAGCCAGAAAAAUGCAGCCUUGGCGCCUGUAAACUGGGAUAGCCGGACACAGUAACUCUCACUGCCAAGGACACAGCAACCCAGCAGGACUUCGAACAUAAAAGGAGGCCAGCGUGGAUACGAAUCUGCAUGCGAAUAAACUCAUGGAAGGACAAAAGCCUCCUGACUGCACAAGCGAGGACAGACUCCUCAUCGCGUUGGCUGAAACUGUUCAGAAGCUUGAAGGUGUCCGAUGCUGCGGAGAUCAUCACGAUGCAGCAGCGGGUGGGAGGAUGGACGAAGGAGAAGAUGAGAGGGAGGAUGAAAGAAGACGAAGGAGUAAAGAGCAGCAGGAGAGAGACUGCAAAAAGAGAGCUCUGGGAGUGCUGAGGGAAGUCAGUGUUUUUCAUUCAUGCAGACUCAGAGCAUGGAAACAAGCCCUCAGACAAUGUUCCUCCACGCUCAGCAGCUCUCCACCAGGGGGUGGAGCUCAGCAGCAUCCAGCUACGACAGGCAGAGGUGGCAAAAAGGAUACAGAAUGCAGGCCCUGUUCGAGCUCCAUCAGCGACAUUUUCCUGAGUGUUGGAGAGGACAUAGAGAAGAUAAUCGACAAAAUAAGCUCCAUCAUUAUCAAGCUGGAUGCAGCGAUUCACCAGUUAUCUGUAGAUAAGGCCUCCAUCGAGGGUGAAGCACGUCAAGAAUCCAGAGACACAGACACUUUAGUGCAACCUGAAGACGUUAAGAAUCACCUAAACUCCCCUGAUCGACUCGAGUCUGACUCAGGUCACGAACGGGUGAUUGAGGACGGAGCUCAUCGAAGGCUUACAGAGGCAUCGGCAGACACUGAACAAACACUGGACUCAAAUUUCAGCGGUUCUUACUGUGACAACGGGGCAGAGUCACAUGUCAAAGCUCAAGCAAAAGACGUUCUGGAGGAAUCCGUUCACUCUGAGACUGAGUUACUGGAGGAGACUGAAAAGGAAGAUGUGAGCGCAAAGAGAAAAAGAAAAUGGAUUACCGUAGGGCUCACUGGUCAGCUGGAGGGCAGCCAUUCUGAUGUACCAGACGCAUGCUUUAUCAGAGCGCCGGCAGGUGCAGCUAAAGUCCUGAGGUGUGAGGUUGCUGACGCCCUGAGCUGCCUGAUGGUGACUGGCUCAGAGGAGUUGCUUAGCAGAGUGAUCCGGGUGAAAGUUGAACAUGGAGCAGCCUUUAAUUUUCCCGUUACUGUGGUUGUGCCUUUCCAAGCACGCCAUCGCAGCAGCUACAGAGAUGUCGCUGUGAAGAUAAUAGAUGAGGACAAGAGGGUCAGCUACAUCGCUCCCAUAGCAACAGAGGGCGUGUAUGGAGGACAAAGGGGCUCAUUUGCAGAGGUGAAGGUGUACUCGGUGGGUCUUUUUGCAGUGGUUUCCUGUUUAAAACAAGAAAACUACACCAUUCCCAGGAAGGGGUUGUCACUAAAACUCCCCAUGGACCCUCGAGUUUGUCUGAACUAUCUCCCAGGAUCCUUUACUGCACCUGUAAUAGCGCAAACCACGAUCCAGCCGCUAGACACCGUGCUCCUGGCUUCUGUCAAGUCCAGAAAUUACGCCUAUCAUUCGGUGGUGUCUACCAGCCCGCUGCUCUACCUCACCCACCCGACCUCGAGGCCCCUGAGAAGACCCCUCACGGUCACACUUCCAUGUCCCCCAAAUCCUGCAAAAAAGAAAGCAACAAGGGGACAAACGGAGAAGCAACAAGACCAACAAAGUCAACCUGUCAGGGAUUCUCCCCCAUGGGAUCUGAGAUUCAUCGACACCUCUGUGAAAUCCAAGGAAAUGUCCAAUGAGUCGCUGGUUGUUCUGGGCUCAAGGGACAAACAGUGGUGUGUCAUGGAUAAAGUCACCGUCAGGAGCCCGCAGAAGGGACUGGUGUCCUUUGACCUGAUGGAGAACUUUGACAGACUGCUCGUGCUUCGUCUCCUCUCCUCGCUGCGCCCUUGUCACCUCACCUGCCUGGCUGAGGAGCUGGAGGAGUCGGUCUGCUGUCACGCCGUCACUGUCGUCCUCCUGCGAAGCCGAGACGAGCCUCGCGCCCUCCUGGUGGCCGUUGUGCCCAGCAGAGACCUCAGCUGGGAGCUGCACAGGCUGCGAGCUCAGGGCUACAGCGACCUGGUGGAGACCUCGUCGGAGAUCUCGAUGCGUGAGGCAGAUCAGCUUCUCCUGCGUUUCACCGGCAACAUCACCUGCACAGCAUGUCCUUCAUCCUGUUUUCCUUCUCUCACCCCAAUGUGUCAGGGAACAAAGGAGAGGCACGGAGGAAAACCAAGUGCUUUACAAAAUCACUUCAGAGGCUCCGCUGCUCAAACCAACAAAAAUGAAGCCACGCAUGAGCACAUCACCUUCCACAGCCAGAGGAAGAAUCACCUCUUAGUGCAUCUGACUGAGGUGGACCCAUUUGGAAACUACAGCUCUCCUCACUACAAGGGCACAGCCAUAUUUUAUAAGGUCACCAGAGGUCAGCUGGAGUGGCGGGAUGACAAAGCUGUCCUGAAGGACACAAAGCUUCUGGGAGAUCCCGUCUGUAAGCUGUCUCUGACUUUACCCAAGAAAGUGAGAAACCUUACUCGGCCCAUUACAGCCCAGGUGAAGUUAUGUGAGGACACAGGUUCCCUCUCAGACUCUCUUCUUCUCUGGCUGUCCGAGGAGCUCUCAGAGGAGGAAACGGCCCUGCUGGCGCUUUCCCUGCGACUCUGCCGCAGCACCGCUCAGCUGGUGAGGAUCCGAGCCGGGAGCGGCGGCCUCUCUUCCCGUGCCUUCACCAUCCUGGCCAUGUGGAGGAGAGGGCUGCCCGCCGUCCCGAACCAACCCAAGGCCUCUCUGCUCGCUCGCUACUUGGCCAAGAUCGGCAGGCCGGAUCUGGCCAGAGAACUGCUGCUGAGGCAGGCUGCAGCUGCCAGGCAGGAGUCACAGAAUUAAGGAGGCCCAGAAAGGAGCGCUCACACUGACUUUUAAGUGCCGCUUUUGAGCCAAGCCGCUGGGUUGCAGUGCUGCGUUUGAUCCACACGAGGUCAGCAUCACACAAGGAGAGUCAGCGCUCUUCUCUGGGCUUGCAACCCCACCUUUUGUUUUGUUUUGGUAGUUUUCUUAGAGAUAAAGUCUAACAUUGAAAAACUGGGGAGAUUUUAAAAAAUGAACUGCAGUACAGAUGAGCAAAUGUUUUAACCCAGCUCUGAUAUUACUGUUGUGACUCCUUGCAGGGUUCAGACCUCUAAGCUUUGGAGCAUUUAUACGUAUGUUGUUAUAACGAUUUACAGUCUUACCUCACAAUGCAGUUUAUAACGCAGUAAAAGCUGCAAAGUUUGAAUGCAGACGAGCACAGAGCACAUCUGUGGCUACCAGAUUAUUUUUUUAUCAGCUAGACUCGUCGCUGGUUUUCUGUCCGUCUCUGGGUUUUCUCAGUCUUCUUUUUAAACUCUUGGCAGCCCUAAUCUGUGACAGAGCCUUCACUUUCUCACUUUAUUUGGUAGUUUGUCACCACCGCUGGCAGGGAGGUGAUUUAGCGGACCAGUCAGCCGCCUCUCCCCUCUGCGUAAACAAACAACGACACAGAGCUGUGACCUCCUUUCGUCUGCUCCUGACACCGAGUCAUCUUUGAGACGUGAGCGAGUCGGAUAAUGACUGAGUCAUAAAAGGUGUUUUCUUUGUUAUGAGGAUACUAAAAUAGAUUUCUGU